AUGUAUUAAACUGGAUAGUAGUUGAAUGUUGUAAGCUAUCCAAAAUUUAAGACUUUUAUACGAUAUCUUGCUUAUGGGGGUUUAUAAGCCUUAAGUGAUGAAUAAUAUUAUGAUAGAAACUAGUUAUAAGAAGAUGGAUGUAAUAGCUGCAAUUUUAAUUUUAGGUGUAAUGUAAUUUUAUUAAAAUGGUAAUAGAGAGUGGAAAAUAUGGGAGAAUGGGAUCUUAAUAUCAAUAGAUGCACUGAGAUAUGAAAAGACUAACUACUUUUACGUAAGCAGAAUGU